CACCCUUAGGACUUUUACUCGCACCCUGAAAAGACACAAAAUUCCAGUUCCACGGUUUUCGGAUUGCGAAAACAAGGAUCAAAACAGAAAUAAAAAAGUUUAGGAUCAAAGGAGACACAAAAUUAAAGGUCACAACAGAAAUAGACUUAAACAAUGGCGUACGAUCUGAAAAAGGAGUCAGACGUAAAGGAGUACAUAGACAAGCUGGGGGUAGAGUAUCGAUUUGGUUGUUACUCGGAAAAAAAGCCGGAAGCUUGCCACCUGCUCGGUGACUACCUAGAGGGUAUCAAAAAGGACUUUGAGAAGGCCUCCAAGGUGUACAAAUCGACAUGUGAUGAUUAUGGUUACGCAAAGUCGUGUUAUAAGUAUGGCAACUAUAGCUUUCUAGGCAAGGGCAAGAGCGGCGGCAAGGGCGAGCCACGCGUGGCAUAUGAAUACUAUGAGAAGGGAUGCAAUCUAAACGAUUCGGAUGCCUGCCUGCAUUCCGGCUUAUUGCUGGUCUCCAGAUCAAUGCCCAAGGAGAUUGACCGCAAUGUUCCUAAGGGUGUGGAGUUUCUUACCAAAAGCUGUGACAUGAACAACGCCACCGCAUGUUUCUACUUGUCCGGAAUGCAUAUUUCUGGAGUGCAAAAGAAACCUGAGGAUACUGCGGCCAUUAGCAGUAGCGGGAGUGCCAUUAGCGGAGUCAAUUCCACAACAACGGCAUCAAAAACACCCAAGGAAUCCGAAUAUAUUGUGCUUAAGGACAUGAAAAAGGCAUUUCAAUUUGCCCACAAGGCGUGCGAGUUGCGUAACAUGUACGCCUGUGCGAAUCUUAGCCAGAUGUACGCCCGCGGCGAUGGCAUCGAGAAGAACGAAAAGGAGGCCGAACGGUAUAAGAAACUGGCCCUGGAAAUGCAAGAGGAGAUUAAGAAGCAACAGGAGACGCUUGGCUUUCAGCAGGGAGUCGGCAUGCCAAAUUGAAGCCAUCUAAUAUCAAUUGUUAUUUCGAUCCUCGCCUUAGAUCAAUAUUUUCGUCUUUCUUUUCUUUUCCAUUUGCUUAAAACUUCUCUUUCAAGAUUCGUUUUCAAUUUCAAUAAUUGUAUUUUCAUUAGUUUUCUGUUUUUCUUUCUUUUUAGUGUGUAUAUAGACCAUUUACCACCCGCCCCACUAAUUAUCUCCCGAUCCCGCCCACACCCCUCUCUAACUAUCAGACUCUCUCAUUUAGAAGGGAGGGCUGAAAAUAUGCAAAAUAAAAUUCUUAGUUUUAAUUGUUAAGUGUUAACAAAAGUCAGCAAAUGAAUGAAUGCAAAUCCCUAUAUAAUUCCGUUGAUACCUUAAUUACAAAUUACUUACAAUAUAUAAAGAAAUGGAUACCUUAAAACAAAUAUAAAAUAAACAAUAUAGGAAUCCUUAGACCAAAGUUGGUACAUCUAAAAA